AUGAUUCAUGGACCAUGUGGUACUGCAAGAAAAUCUUCUCGUUGCAUGCAAAAUGGCAAAUGUACAAAGCACUUUUCAAAAAAAUUUGUGGAUUCAACCACAGUUGAUGAUGGAGGGUAUCCUAUAUAUAGAAGAAAGGAUAAUGGAAAAUCUACAAAGAGAGCAGGUAUUGAUUUAGAUAACAGGUAUGUUGUGCCACACAAUAGAUUCUUAUUAUUGAAAUAUGGUGCACAUAUUAAUGUGGAAUGGUGCAACCAAUCAAGGUCCAUUAAAUACUUAUUUAAGUAUGUUAACAAAGGACAUGAUCGUCUAACCACUGUUUUUUCUCAAAGUGGAAAUACUAAUGACUCAAGAAUUGUUGAUGAAAUAAAUAUGUAUUGUGAUUGUCGGUAUGUAUCGCCAUGUGAAGCAACUUGGAGGAUUUUUAAAUUCUCAAUCCAUCACAAAGAACCAUCUGUAGAAAGGUUAUUCUUUCAUUUAGAAGGCAAUCAAAACGUAAUAUUUUCAGAUGAUGAUCCAAUUGAUGCAGUAGUUAACAGACCAACUAUAAAGGAAUCAAUGUUUUUAAUGUGGUUUGAAGCAAAUAAGGCAAGAGAGCUAACAUAUGCUGAAUUUUCUCUAAAGUUUGUAUGGAAUCAACAAUUGAAGAAAUGGAAAAAAAGACAAACUUCUGCAUUAUCUAUUGGCAGAAUUUUCUUUGUUCCCCCGGGAUCUGAAGAGCAAUAUUACCUUAGAUUGUUGCUGAAUGUUAUUAAAGGUCCAACAUCCUAUGAGGAUCUUAGAAAAAUAAAUGGUCAUGAUCAUAACACUUUCAAGGAUGCAUGUUAUGCUCUAG